AUGACCAUUCACCGAGUCACUCUCUUCAACAUCCCUAAGUCCGAGGACAUUGACGUCCUGCUGGACGAAUAUCGCUCUCUCCAGCAUGAGGCUAAGCGGAAUGCCGAACCAUACAUCGUCUCCGUGCAGGCUGGCCGCAUGAUGCCCGACGCUCGGUCUAAGGGAUACACACUGGCUGUGAAGACCACCUUCCGCAACCUGGACGACAUGCGGUUCUACGAUACCGACUGCGCGGCGCACAAGCGAUUGAAGACAGUUGCGGGACCUAGACGAGAGGGUGAUGUCUUUACCGCAUAUUUCGAAGACGAAGUUCAAUUCCUGUGA